CGCGGAAGGACCGGCGGGGCGGGGCGAGAGGGCACGACGACGUCGCAGCCGCCCGAGCACCGGGCACUGGAGCUGUGGCUGGGGCGCUCGCCAGUCCCUGUGCCCCGGUCUCGGCCCAGCAGGAACCGGCAGGGCAGGGCGCGCACAGAGCUGCGGACGCCGUCCCCGGGCGCAUCCCCUGGCGGUCCCGCGGCUCGCAGGGCCUUGUCGCCCGGCCUGUGCGCCCCGCCCCACUAUGGCCCUGGUCAGCAUCAACAAGCUACCGGAGAACAUCCUGCUGGAGCUCUUCACGCACGUACCUGCCCGCCACCUGCUACUGCGAUGUCGCCCGGUCUGCAGCCUCUGGCGGGACCUCAUCGACCUGGUGACGCUCUGGAAGCGCAAGUGCCUGCGGGAGGGCUUCAUCCCCAAGGACUGGGACCAGCCUGUGGCCGACUGGAAGGUCUUCUACUUCCUGUGCAGCCUGCGCAGGAACCUCCUGCACAACCCCUGUGCUGAAGAGGACAUGGAAUCGUGGACACUUGAUGCUAAUGAGGGGGACCACUGGAAGGUGGAGAGCAUCCCUGGAGCACAUGGUACAAACUUUCCUGACCCCAACGUCAAGAAGUACUUUGUCACAUCCUAUGGCCUGUGCCUCAAGUCCCAGCUGGUGGACCUCAAGGCCAAGGGCUACUGGGAAGAGCUGCUGGACACGUUUCGGCCUGACAUCGUGGUGAAGGACUGGUUCGCGGCCAGAAGAGACUGCGGCUGCACCUACCAGAUCCGAGUCCAGCUGGUCUCGGCCGACUACAUCAUUCUGGCCUCCUUCGAGCCCCCGCCUGUGACCAUCGAGCAGUGGAACGAUGCCACGUGGACAGAGGUCUCCCACACCUUCUCGGACUACCCUCCAGGCGUGCGCCACAUCCUCUUCCAGCACGGGGGCCAGGACACCCAGUACUGGGCAGGCUGGUACGGGCCCCGGGUCACCAACAGCAGCAUAGUUAUUAGCAACAAGAUGACCAGGAAGCUGGCCCCGUCCACCCCUCAGUCUGACAACGUAGGGGCGGAGGAAGCUGCCCAGUCACCCACCCACUUGUCUUCACCGACCUGAGGAGAGUAACCUGGCCACCAUGCAUCCGUCCGCUAUCCAGCCCAGCCAGAGGUCCCUCCUGGCAAGAGCUGGGCCAGCAGCAGGCAGUGACUUCCCAGCAGACGCUGAGAAUGUAUGGUCACCCUGGCUCUGGCAUUUUGUCAUAAUAAAUGUUAAAUGUUUUCUGUGAAA